AGGCUGGACGUUGGUCCUGAACCUUGAAGUCCACUACAGCUGGUAAGAGACAUUUCAAACAGCCCUCCCUCACAUCAUGGCAGAGCCGUCUCCAAGUUGGUGGAAGCUGACUUUCCUGAGGAGGAAGACAUCCCAGCCCAGGGUCCUGUAUGAAAUCCCAGCAGAGUUUGUUUCCAACGCCGACGACACGGCUCAGCACGGUUCUGUAACAGCCGCGGGAGCUGCCGUCCACCCGGAGGACGACCCCCGGCUGGACGCCCGGCUGGAGAGGAUCGUGGACCAAACGGCGGCGAGCAAGGGACGCCACGUCAAGGUGUCCCAUUCUGGGAGGUUCAAGGAGAAGAAGAAAGUGCGAGCCACGCUGGCGGAGAACCCGGAGAUGUUUCCCGGGAGCGACCUUAAGAGAGAUGAGAACCAGCGGGCUGGGAAGUGAUCGGAAGUGGGGCUUCUUUGAACCUUAACCCCUUCUUGGACAUGCAUCUUGACAUUCACCAAUGUCAAAAUGACCACAAAGAGACUUUAACUUCUGACUGAAAAAACAUGUGCCUAGUUUAUAUUUCAAUAGAGAAGUUUCCCAUUCACUUCGAUACAAGAAACAUCCAGAGGCCUCUAUGAAACUAUAACUGGCCCUUUGGACCUCGUGUGGCUGUGACUGGACAGCGAUGUUUCUAGAACUCU